AUGGCCCAGGUUGGUCCAUUGAUGGCCCAGCACAAUCCAGUAUUGGGACCAGUUUACAAGAGCUUGGAGGAGCGCGUGGAAACGCAUUUCCAGACCUUGGCAGCCGCCGCAGCGCCGCCUCAGCAUCACCAUCAGCAGCAGGCGGUGACGCCAGCCCAGCAGCCUCAACCCAAUGCUCCGGGAUCGCAGAGUGGCGGAAGAACGCCGUAUAGCCAUCAAAUGCCGCCGCCGCCCGUCGGUGGCUACAGUUUGACGACCCCCGCACAUCCCAUUGAUUCUUCUUUCAUGACGCUGCCCACGCCUGCUCCUCAUAGACAAGACCGGUACUGAAUUUGAAGAUGCCUUCGCUGCUGUUCUGAUGGGAAGUUCGUCUCUUUUUUUUAUUAUUCUGUCAUGUUGUUGGAAUAUAUUUUGUUUGUUGACGUGUCACA